AUGCCUCCAAAGAAUACGAGCGAGCCGGAAGAGAUCACUGGCCAAAGUGCACUCCCCAUAUCUCGCAUCAAGAAGAUCAUUCAGCUUGACGACGAUAUCGCACAAUGCUCCAACAACGCAACCUUCGUGGUCGCCAUGGCUACUGAAAUGUUCAUUCAAUAUCUUGCUGAACAAGGCCACAAUGUGGUAAAAUCAGAACGCAAACCGCGGAAGACGGUGCAAUACAAAGAUCUAGCCACGGCUGUAUCACAUAUCGACAACCUUGAGUUUCUAUCCGAUGUAAUCCCCAAGACUACGACUUACAAACAAUUCAAAGAGAAGAAGGCCAAGGAAGCGGCGGCACCUGGAGACUUGGAGAAGGGACAACGCAGACUGAACGGCACUACCCCGGCCACUGGAGAGCAAAAUGGUGAUGCCGCAGAUGAGACAGAAACACAACCGGAAGAUUCAAGUCAAUCGCCGACCAUUCCUCGUACACCUGUGGUACCUGUGAGUGCAUUGAUGGCGGAUCGGACAGUCAGUUCCUCUGCACGCAACGACCCUGAUGUUGAAAUGGAGGACUAA